CCCUCAGUCCUCCGCCCUCCGCCCUCCGCCCUCCGGCUCUGCCGGCGCAGGCCCCACCGCCAUGUCGGGCCCGUUCGAGCUCUCGGUGCAGGACCUCAAUGACCUGCUGUCGGACGGCAGCGGCUGCUACAGCCUCCCCAGCCAGCCGUGCAACGAGGUCGCGCCGCGCAUCUACGUGGGCAACGCGUCUGUGGCUCAGGACAUCACCAAGCUGAAGAAGCUGGGCAUCACCCACGUCCUGAACGCCGCCGAGGGCCGGUCCUUCAUGCACGUCAACACCAAUGCCAGCUUCUACCAGGGCUCGGGCAUCACCUACCUGGGCAUCAAGGCCAACGACACGCAGGAGUUCAAUCUCAGCGCCUACUUCGAGAGGGCCUCGGACUUCAUCGAGCAGGCCUUGGUGCAGAAGAACGGCCGGGUGCUGGUGCACUGCCGCGAGGGGUACAGCCGCUCCCCGACCCUGGUCAUCGCCUACCUCAUGCUGCGGCAGAACCUGGACGUGAAGUCGGCGCUGAGCACCGUGCGGCAGCACCGUGAGAUUGGCCCCAACGACGGCUUCCUGGCCCAGCUGUGCCAGCUCAACGACAGGCUCCGCCGGGAGGGGAGGUGGAAGCUGUAGGGCCCCACCGCCCCACGCCCGUUAGGAAACGCAGUGCCCCUGCCCCGCGUCACCAGGCACCUGCCCAUGUGUCCCAACAGCCCCGGGCCGCACCCCCGGGGACACAGAAGCUUUGCCCGGUGUCCUGCUCCCAGCUGUCCCAUCUGGUCGCUUCUGUCCCCUGAGGUGGGGCCCCCAGCUCCGAACCCAGUAAGGACAAUGGCUGCACACGGCCCAGCUGUCCUCCCCGGGCCGCCACGGCCAUCCACACCCUGCCUCCGUGCCGGGGGUCGUCCUGGUGGGAGCCCCCACCUCCUGAUGAAGGCCCUGGGGCUCUGCCGCACCUCAGGUGUCAGUGCCAGGCGCUGUCCUGUCCUCCUUGUCCUGCGGCCGAGCACUUGCCAGGUGCUGCUGUGGGUGUGAGCUUCGUUUCUAGCAAGCAGGGGUAGAGGUCCAGCCGGUUUGCAGCCCCAGCACUGGGAGCCUCAAGGGCUUUGUCUGGAUCAGCGUGGGCCACAAGCCCAUGUGUGCUGCGCUGGUCCCUGCUGCUAUUCCUGGAGCCGGCGGAGGAGCCGGCCAAGCUCAGCGCGUGUGGGUGUGGGGCUCCUGUUCUGGGUGUCGUGACUCUGUGUCAGCGUCCUCACUGUCCGGGCCCGGCACAAGGUGUUUCCCCUGAGUGCCAGAGCUGCCCCGCUGUGCCCUGUGCCCGGGGCCUCCUCUCUGUGGAGGGGCAUCAGGACUUGUGUGGCAUCGUCAGAAUUCAGCUUUGCACCUGGGCUCCAGCCAAGGCUGGAAGGUGCUGUGGGCGCGCGGGAGUGCGGGGCACCUCCACAGCAGCUACUGUCUUCCCAGGUCACCCACUGAGGGCAGCGGCCGUCCGCGUGGCUGUGCUCCCUGCUCCACGGUUUGCAGCCCCCCCCCGCACGCAUCAUGGGGUCCACAUCAUGGGGUCCGGGUGAUGAGAGCUGUGACUCCAGGCUGCUGGCUCGCAGCUCUCCGGCGCGGGCUCCCUUCUUUCUAGGCUGCUCCUCCCCAGGGGGGGGGGGUCGGGUCCACCUCCCAAGCCCUCGGCCCAGCACAAGAAGGAGGUGCAAGGUGGGGUCCCCAUGGAGCACCCCAAGUCUGUGCUUCCUGCCAUGCUCCUGGAAGUGGCUCAGGCAGGGUCACCUCGCAGGGCAGCCAGCUGCUGGGGGCCACAGCUCGGCCUGGCUCUUUGGCACCUUGCAAGGCCUCUCUCGGGGACACGCGGAAGGCCACAGGGAGAAUUCCUGCCUUCCUCUGGGGCUCCGUCACCCCAGGAGCCCCACACUUGGUCCUGAGGUUUAGCUCACGGCUCUCCGAGGGAGGCGCAGUGUGUGUUGAGAGCCAGCGCCCAGCGUCGCCGGAGCUGUGGCCGAAGGAGAGCCAGGCUGGGUUUUGUCGGGACCGUGAAGCAGGGGCACUUUCCGGGGCUCUUUCCCUGCCACCACUGUAAACAUGGGGACCCCUCAAGUCCCUCCGUUGACUUGGAGCUCCGAGGUUGGAGAGGGCGCGCACAGCGAAGUGGCCAGCAGGGGGCGCUGCGUCCUCGUGGUGGCCGAGGUCCGGACCCUCUGGGGCAGGCCGGGGCUGCUGGCUUCGCUGCGCCCCGCGAGCCUCCUGCCCGCAGGUGGGGGGCUUUGCCGGUGAGAGUGACUUUCCGGACAGAGGAUGAGGUGGGCUGGGAGCUGGGGGCGGCUCCGUGGAGAGCGCUUGCCUGACACCCUCGAGGCCCCGGGCUUCGUCCCCACUGCCGCCAACAAGGAAAAAGAAGGGCAAGUCUGCCGUCUGCCGUCUGCCGAGUCCCCAGUGUAAAAGCACUAAAACCGCAGCCUAAAUAAACGUCUCGCCUGACGAAGGCGCAGGCCUGCCCUCCUGACCGCCCGUCCCUUCGCGCUUUAACGCUUGGCCUCUGUUUGCCUUUGCAGCUUUCAAAGGGAAUCAUCGCCCGGAGGUGAGCAGAGGACAGUUCCGCUUCGGCGGUGUCCGGCCGGCCGGCCGGCCAGGGCGUCCUCGCGUCCCCAGCGCGCCCGAGACCGGGCCAGGCCCCUGCUCCUGAGGAAGGGGCUGGGCUGGACGCGGCUGGGCGCCGGGGUCCGGGCGACUUCGUCCCUGGCAGCCCCCGCAGCACAGGGUUCACUUCCACACGAAACCUUUCUUGAAUUUUUCCAGUUUUUCUUUGUGGCUCCACGUUUACGCUCUGCAGUGCGCACGCUCCUCGUCGGGAACCGGUGCAGUUGUGCAGUGCAUUUUAGCUCUUCCCCUUCCUCCAUCUCUUGGCACGUUUCCCUCUUGCAAAAAAAUCUAUCUUCCUGUUUUCUAUUGCCUCUCUUAUUUUGCUUCUUAUUCAUACUUUGGGUUUCUCAUAUAAGGGAGACCACGGAAUGUCCACGCUUGCGUGUCUGAUGUAUCUCACUUAACAGUAUGGUCGCAAGGUGCAUCUGUUUUCCUGCAAAGGACUCAAGUUUAUCCUUCUUCAUGGCAGCAUAGUUCUCCAUUGCUCUACACAAAAUCUUAAAGCAGAAAACUAAUAUAUAAACUGAUGCUUAACUAUAAUUUUAAAAGCAUUUUAAUUUAAAAAGUAAAGCUAUAUACAGUAGAGUAAUAAAUUCAAGCAGCACAGAAAGCUGUAGUGAUAUGUGA